AUGGCGGCGGCGCGGGGUGCGCUAAGCUGGGCCCUGGCGGCGGCGGCGCUGGCGGCGGCCCUGGCGCUGGACAACGGGCUGGCGCGGACGCCGCCGAUGGGGUGGCUGCACUGGGAGCGCUUCCUCUGUGGCACCGACUGCGCCACCGACCCGCGCCGCUGUGUCAGCGAGCGGCUCUUCAUGGAGAUGGCCGACGUGAUGGCUGCCGAGGGCUGGAGGGAUGCAGGCUAUGAGUUCGUCUGCAUUGACGACUGCUGGAUGGCCCCGACACGGGAUGAACACGGCAGGCUCCAGGCUGACCCAAAACGGUUCCCCAGCGGGAUCCGCAGGCUGGCAGACUACGUCCACUCCAAGGGACUGAAGCUGGGAAUUUACAGUGAUGUCGGGAACAAGACGUGUGCUGGCUUCCCUGGCAGUUACAACCACUACGACCUGGACGCCCAAACGUUCGCCUCCUGGGGCGUGGACCUGUUGAAGUUUGACGGCUGCAACUCUGGCACACUGGAGCUGCUGGCAGAAGGUUACAGGAGCAUGUCUCUGGCCCUGAACAAGACUGGAAGAAGCAUUGUGUACUCCUGUGAGUGGCCUUUCUACUUGAGGCCCAUGCAGCAGCCCAAUUACACAGAGAUCAAACAGUACUGCAAUCACUGGAGGAACUUUUUUGAUGUCUAUGAUUCCUGGAGCAGCAUCAAGAGUAUCUUGGACUGGACAGCACUUCACCAGGACAGCAUUGUGAAGAUAGCUGGGCCAGGGGGCUGGAAUGAUCCUGACAUGCUGGUGAUUGGAAACUUCGGGCUGAGCUGGAACCAGGCAGUGACUCAGAUGGCAAUGUGGGCUAUUAUGGCAGCUCCCCUCUUCAUGUCCAAUGACCUGCGGCACAUUAGUCCUGAGGCCAAGUGGCUGCUCCAGAACAAAGAGGUGAUUGCCAUCAACCAGGAUCUGCUGGGCAAGCAGGGAUACCAAAUCACCAAGGACAAGAACUUUGAGCUGUGGGAGCGACCCCUGUCUGGCCGAGCCUAUGCUGUGGCAGUGCUGAACCAGCAGGAGAUUGGGGGACCCCAGAACUUCACCUUCUCCCUCACCUUCCUCGGCAAUGGGCUGGCCUGCAACCCAGCGUGCUUUGUCCGGGAGGUCCUGCCAGCCAGCAGGGACUGGGGUGUUUACAGCUGGGUGUCCUCCCUGAGCGUGGAGGUGAACCCAACAGGCACUGUGCUGCUGAAAGUAGUGGCACUAUAGGAGCCACGAAGACAAUCUUUUUGUGAGCCUUGGACUGUCUAAACUUCUUGUGACAAGAAGCCUGUCUCCUUCCUCCAAGUGGGGUGCCUUUGUUCUCUCCUUAGGCAUUCAGCCUGAUGUGACAAAUACCCAUCACUCCAUCACCAAGAGAUAACGGAGAAAAGGGCGCUGCUUCUCUUCUGUUUACCCUUUCUCUGGCAUCGCACCUAAUUCCUUCUCCAAGGGGCUAUAAGGGCCCUAAGCAGGGCAGCAACUCCUGUUAAUGACUCUGCCACUACCAACCAAAGAAAUGCAAAGGAUACAGCUCUCCUUGAGCAUUUCAGGGACAAUAGGGAAACACACCCUGGUUGCCUUGUUCUUGCUUUUCCAGUCCAGGGCACACAGUCCAAGAACAAGAAAAGCUGCUCCUAUCCCCACUGAAGAAACCCAACACCCUCCUCAGAGCACGGACAUCUACUACUACCUUCUGACAACUCAGGGACUGGCCUAAAUCACUGCAUUUGUUAGCAACUUUGUUGGCAGCUGCCUGCUUAGUGUAAAUGUGAUUAAGUAUCAUGCCUUAGGACUCAGCUUUUGAGGGUUUCUCCUUACCCCAGCAGUCUUCCUCUCACCUGUGGCUGUCACUUCCCUUUAGAUGACAAUUCUCUCUCCACCCUUCAUGGGGCCACUGGGGUGCCCUUCCUCAGUGAGCUGCCUUCCAGAAAUACCUGUGUGCUUGCCUUCCACUGCUGGCAGUAGCCUUUAGGUUGAAUAACACAAGUCCUUCUGAGACGGGAGAUGGAUACUUCAUCACUUACGCAACCAGCAUGUACAAGUAUGUUCUCUUCCAACUACUUACGCAAUCAGGAUAUCUUGAUUUGUUCUUAUUUCUGCAAUUAAGCACGUUGA